AUGUCCCAAGAACAGUUGCGCGUCCUCAUCGUCGGCAACGGCGGCCGCGAACAUGCCCUGGCUUGGAAGCUGAGUCAAUCCCCUCGGGUCGAAAUCGUGUAUGUCGCCCCAGGCAAUGGUGGAACUGGCUUGGGGGCUCCUAGCAAGAUUUCCAAUGCCAAUGUCAAGGGCAAUGACUACCCUGGCCUAGUGGCAUUCGCUCAAAAGAACGGAGUCAACUUGGUGGUUCCGGGACCGGAGGCGCCUCUUGUGGAUGGCAUCCAAGGAUAUUUCCAAGCAGUUGGUAUUAGGUGUUUUGGCCCUUCCAAGGCCGCUGCGCGCAUGGAGGGCUCCAAGGCCUUCUCCAAGGAUUUCAUGAAGCGCCAUAACAUUCCCACAGCUGCGUACGAGAACUUCCGCGAGUAUGAGCCUGCCCGUCAAUACAUCGACUCCAUUUCCCACAAUGUUGUCAUUAAGGCAGAUGGCCUGGCUGGUGGCAAGGGUGUUGUUAUCCCGCAGACCAAGGAGGAAGCCCACCAAGCACUCCGCGAAAUGAUGUUGGACCGCCAGUUCGGCGAUGCUGGUAACGAGGUUGUUAUCGAAGAGUAUCUCGAGGGUGAUGAGCUCAGUGUUCUCACCUUCAGUGACGGCUACACUAUCCGCUCCCUCCCUCCUGCACAGGAUCACAAGCGUAUCUUCGACGGUGACCAGGGUCCCAACACCGGCGGUAUGGGCUGCUAUGCCCCUACCCCAAUCUCUUCUAAGGAAGUCCUUGAGGAGAUUGACCGCACCAUUGUGCAGCCUUCAGUUGACGGCAUGAGGCGAGAUGGUUUCCCUUUCGUGGGUAUCCUCUUCACCGGUCUUAUGAUGACGAAGAAUGGCCCUAAGGUCCUCGAAUAUAAUGUUAGAGGUGGAGACCCGGAGACUCAAACUCUCCUGCCCCUGCUCAGCGAUGACACUGAUUUGGCGGAGAUCAUGGUUGCUUGUACCGAACACUGGCUCGACGGUGUCUCCAUCAACAUCAAGCCCGACUUCUCUACCACCGUCAUCGCAGUGGCCGGUGGAUAUCCUGGAUCUUAUGCCAAGGGCAAAACCAUCACCCUUGACCCGGUUCCGGAGGACACCUUGAUCUUCCAUGCCGGAACUACACUCGUUGGCAACGAACUCCAGACUGCUGGUGGUCGGGUCAUUGCUUCUACCGCUACAGCAUCGAGUCUCGAGGAAGCUGUCCGCAAGAGCUAUUCCGGCAUUUCCACAAUUCACUUUGAAGACAUGUUCUACCGUAAGGACAUCGCGCACCGUGCCUUCAGGCAAAGAGAUGCUGUUGAAUCCCAGAAGGAGUCUCUCACCUAUGCCGCUGCCGGUGUUUCCAUUGACGCUGGCAAUGACCUCGUCAAUCAGAUUAAGAGCUCUGUUGCUCAGACCAAGCGUCCUGGUACAGAUGCAGUGAUCGGUGGCUUUGGGGGUCUCUUUUCUCUGGCUGCUGCCAACUCUGCCUACCACCCUCACUCCCCUACAUUGAUCGGAGCCAUCGAUGGUGUUGGAACCAAACUCAAGAUCGCACACACCGUGGGAAUCCACGACACGGUGGGUAUUGACCUUGUAGCCAUGAACGUCAACGACCUGGUCGUCCAAGGCGCAGAGCCCCUGUUUUUCCUCGACUGCUAUUCUUGCGGUAAAUUGGACGUCAACACGGCCUCUGCUUUCGUCACCGGUGUUGCCAACGGUUGUGUGCAGGCCGGAUGUGCCCUCAUUGGCGGUGAGACUGCCGAAAUGCCUGGCCUCUUCAUUGACGACACCUAUGAUGCUGUGGGUGCUGCCGUAGGUGCGAUCAACACUGUUGGAGACAAUGCUCGUGCUAUUCUUCCAGAGACCUCCGCUAUGCAAGACGGCGAUGUUCUCCUCGCCUUGGCUUCCUCCGGUCCUCAUUCGAACGGGUACUCUCUCGUCCGGAAAAUCGUCGAACGCUCCGGAUUGAGCUACAACGACCCGGCUCCUUUCUCAAUGCCUUUCAGCAACGAACCUCUUUCCCUCGGCCGUGCCCUCCUUACCCCAACCCGCAUUUACGUGAAGCCUCUCCUGAAAGCGCUCUCCAUCCCCUCCAGCAACAAGACUACCGGCCCCUUCUCGUCAGCCAUUAAGGGUCUUGCCCACAUCACUGGUGGCGGUCUGGUUGACAAUGUGCCUCGUAUGCUGCCUUCGACGCUGACUGCGCAUAUCAACGUCUCUACCUGGCAGCUUCCGCCAGUUUUCGCCUGGCUUAAGAAGAACGGCAAUGUCACUGCCCCUGAGAUGGCGCGUGCGCUCAACUGCGGUGUGGGUAUGAUCAUUGCUGUUGAGAAGGAGGCCGCUGCCGCAGUCAAGGAUCUGCUGCAGAAGGAGGGAGAGACGGUCUACGAGGUCGGUGAGCUCAAGAAUAAGAACGAGGGAGAGGAGGGAUGUAUCCUCCAGGGAUUGGAGACGUGGGACGCUUAG